GCCGCAUAUCAAAAUGGAGGCUACUUUGCGGAGAACUGUCACAAAUUUUACUGACGUACUUUUCCCAGUUUCUAAGAAUGCACAGGAUCCAAAUCAGCAUCAGAUACUCAAAACAGGAAAUGAGUAUGUGUCCAACCUUCCGCUACAGAUGGCCAUUUAUUUCAAUAUGUUCUUCAUACCAUUUUGGUUAACAUCAAUACUUGUGUGCUUUGAGAUAAAGUAUACUCGUCUCUCCAUCUUGUACGUGAUCGUGCUGAUUGCCAUCUACAUCGUAUAUACACUUAUAGAGGUCAUCCGCCUAUAUAUAGGGUACACCGGCAACCUAACAGAAAGGGUUCCCGAGUUGGCUGGUUCCUGGCUUCUGACGUUGCUGAUACAGUUACCACUGAUCCUACUACUGACGUUCAAUGAAGAUGCCAUUCUGUUACCACUGGAGCGGGCGGUACAUAUCAUAGAGGCCCUAUUUAUUCUGUUUGAAGCUGUUUGUGGCUACUUCGCUAUCAGGACAAUGGUUAAUUACCAGGUGACAAAAUUCCACUUACGACAGUUUACCGACCUGGAGCAGCUUCCAGGGGAGGAGGUACAUUGGCACGAUGGCUAUGACUCCUACCAUCAGAACCUUCUCACAUAGUUUAUACUUUGUUUUAAUGUGUCAAUAUCAAUAUCUAGCCAUUAUAGACCAUAUAACAACUAACUACAAACAAUUGAAAUACAAAUUCAUUAUUUUUUUCAGACCUAAUGACAAUUUUCAAUAUAUCAUUGAAAGUAAUUUGUCAUACUUGAAAUUGAAUGCAGACAUUCCAAACCUUUGGUCUUGACCUGUGUAUGAUUCCGUCCAUUGAGUGAUAUAAGAAUGAGUUUAACAGUAAAACACUCCCGAUCUGUAAUCAGAGUAUUUAUUAUACUCCAGGCAGAUAAGCUGACAGGAAGGUAAAUGUAUUAUGUUUUGUCCCCUUAGACUGCCAAUCCUUCUCUCACACGUCAUCACUCUAAUGGCUGUUUUAUCAACAGAUUUUACCUGUCUUUUGAUGAUCACUGACCUGUGCUAUAGGAACUACAACACUGUGAUAAAGUGUUAAUAUUUAGACACUAGUAAUAGAGAUAUCUAUAUUCUUUGUUCAUUAAUGAUUUGUGUGAUGUGAGAGAGAAAUGUGAGUGUUUGAUAAGGUGAGGAUGAAACACUUGAAUUUAAAUUAAUAAAUAUUUUUUAUAAUGUAA